CUGCAUUCAAGCCCCUCCAUGAUAGCACGUGGGGCGCCUCCUUCCUGCGAUCCUUUAAAGGUGUGGCAAAGAGGCCUCCAGCAUUACUGCUAGUCUCUUGUCUUCUAUCUGCGGCGUGUUAUUUGCAUUUCCAGUCCCGCUUCACGACUCAGAGCAGCCAUGGCCGAAGGCUCAACACGAUGGCAGUAUCUCAACCAGAUCCGCCAGACCACGGGUCCUUUCAAUCCUGAUACAGACGUCAGCGCGGAGGCGCUGUCGGCACUGGACCAAGCCAAGAUCCUCGUCAUCGGCGCGGGGGGUCUCGGAUGCGAAAUCCUCAAGAACCUCGCCCUGUCUGGCUUCAAGGACAUCCACGUGAUAGACAUGGACACGAUCGACAUCUCCAACCUCAACCGCCAGUUCCUGUUCCGCAAGGACGACGUGGGCAAGUACAAGGCCGAGGUCGCAGCAGCUUUUGUCGAGAAGCGGGUCAAGGGCGUCAAGAUCACUCCGCACAACUGCAAGAUCCAGGAGUUUGAUGAGGAUUUCUACAUGCAAUUCCAGAUUGUGGUAUGCGGACUUGACAGCAUAGAAGCCCGCCGCUGGAUCAACGCCACACUGGUCAAUAUGGUGGACGAGGACAACCAAGACUCCCUGAAGCCUCUCAUCGAUGGCGGCACAGAGGGCUUCAAGGGCCAAACCCGUGUCGUCUUCCCAACCAUGACCCCUUGUAUCGAGUGUCAACUCGACCUGUACACGCCCCGUGCCGCGGUGCCGCUGUGCACCCUUGCUACCAUCCCAAGACAACCUGAGCAUUGCAUCGAGUGGGCGCACAUUAUUGCUUGGGACCAGGAGAAGCCCUUUCCUGCACUGGACAAGGAUGACCCUGAGCACAUCACUUGGCUCUACCAAAAAGCCACAGCACGCGCGAGCGAGUUCGGCAUAUCUGGCGUCACUUAUUCUCUAACGCAAGGCGUUGUCAAGAACAUCAUUCCAGCCAUAGCGUCAACAAACGCCAUCAUUGCCGCCAGCUGUUGCAACGAAGCACUCAAGAUCGCCACCUCUGCCGCACCAGCUCUUGGGUUUGAAGAGAGCUACAUGAUGUACACCGGUGACGAGUCUGUCUACACGCACACUUUUAAGAAUGAGAAGAAGGACGACUGUGCGGUUUGUGGCAAUGAAGCCAAACCACUGAGUGUCGAUCCAGAGUGGACGCUGCAGGAACUUCUUGACUCGUUCGCCAUGAAGGCAGACCUGCAACUCAAGAAACCAUCACUGCGGGCUGAAGGUAAGACUCUCUACAUGCAGUUUCCACCAAGCAUAGAGGAGCAGACCCGGCCAAACCUUGCAAAGAAGCUGAAGCAGGAUCUGAAGCUGGACGUCAACCACGAGAUAGUGGUCACUGACCCUGCAUUCCCAACGUUGCUCUUCCGAUUUCUCCUCCAGUUUACAUGAAUGGGCUGCUUCAAGGGCAUAUAUGGCAAACACAUCCUCUCGUGCGACCUUGGGUGUGUCUCGUCUUGCUGGACGCGUCGGCCCGCUGUCUUACGGGCUUCUGUUCCAAGGCCAGAAUCUUCCAAUAGCAAGCACGUUCUGUAUGACAAAAUGAAAGAUUUUCUAAACCUU